CAAACAGUUUGACAAUCGCUGACGCGGAGAAAAUAUUUUUAAGUUCAUUUCGCUUUUGGAAUUCAAAGCUAAAUGUUUGAUCCAAAACUUUAUAUAAAGCACAGUAAAAUUUAAAUUCAAAGCCAUAGUGAUGACAAAGUGGAUUUUUCUGGGGAUUUUGAUUUUCUGUUCCAUUUCAACACUCUUAGCUGAGACAUCUCAUCUACCAGAAUGCACAGCGGAGCUUCAAGACCGCCAUUUUCCUAGUGAUGACGAUUGUCAAACAUACUACACAUGUUUUGAUGGUGUUUUUGUGCGUCAAACGUGUUCCAAUGGUCUGUGGUUUCAACGUGAGAAAGAAACAUGUGAAAGUUCUGGAAAAGUUUUUGAUUGCGUGACAACAACUCCAGGACCAACAAACCCAACUACAACUCCAUCAGCCACAACGACAUCAGCAACAACUCCAUCAACCACGACUCAAUCAACCACGACUCAAUCAACAACAACGACAUUACCAACUACAACUUCAUCAACAACAACUUCGACAGUACCAACAACAAAAUCAACAGUAGCAUGCACUUUAGAACUUCAAGGGCAACAUUUUCCAAGUGGAAUCGAUUGUUCAACAUAUAAAACGUGCUAUAAUGGACGUUUUAUACUUCAAAAAUGCCCUAGUGGAUAUUUCUUCCAACGUACAAGCCAAACUUGUGCUAUAGAAAGUGAUGUUACUGAUUGCGAAUUUUCCACAAACACAGCCUUUACGACAGAAGUAAUAACUACAAAAACAACAGAAAAUGUUUCAACUGAAACAACAUCACCACAUCCUUUAACCUGCACAGUGGAUAUUCAAGGUCGCCAUUAUCCAAGUGGAUUCGAUUGGAUGUUCUGCACGAAGUUACAACGUUUUAUUCUUCAAAAAUGUCCUGAUGAUUAUUAUUUCCAACGUUCACGACAGACUUGUGCUUUAAUGGAAACUGUAAUGGAUUGUGAAUUUGCUUAAAACAUUUUAGAAAAAAAGUUGAAUCAAAAGAAUCUUCGUUAAUCAUAUUUAUGUUAAAACAAAACAAUUAAUCACUUGACAAAUAAUUUACAAUUAUUCAACCCAGGAAACUGUUAAAUUUUUCAGAUUCACAAGAAUUAAAGCUCAAUAAAGAAUCUCCUGGUAACUAUGAAAA